UAUCCCUCAAAAACCAAUGGGACGUGUGAGUGAGAGUGGCAGAGCGCGCGAAAUCACCAAACACACUGCGCCUUUCCUUUUCUCCUUCUUCUUCCUUUCUCCUCUUAUUACUUCCCUCUUUUUCUUCUCUCUCAAAUCCCCUCUUCACAAUUUCCAACCACUUCCUCCAUUCCCAAAUCCCCUUUUCUCUCUGUUUCUUCUCCUUCUCUGCUUUCAACUCUUUUUCUCCCUCUCCAUGCCCUUUUCAACUCCCUUCUCUCUCCCAUUCUCUGACUCACACACUCUCUCAUAACCCCUCUCUUCACCUUUAUCUUCUUUCCCUCCUCUAACUUUUCACAAUGUCAGCUUACAGAGACGAAGAUCCUCGCAUCCAUGGCAUCAGGACUAGGAUUCGUGUUGUCCCUAAUUUCCCUCAACCAGGUAUCAUGUUCCAAGACAUAACCACUCUGUUACUCGACCCCAAAGCAUUCAAGGAUACUAUUGAUUUGUUCGUCGAGCGAUACAAAGGGAAAAACAUUUCGGUUGUUGCAGGAAUUGAAGCUCGAGGUUUUAUAUUUGGCCCUCCAAUUGCAUUGGCUAUAGGAGCAAAAUUUAUCCCUUUAAGGAAACCAAGGAAGCUACCUGGAGAAGUUAUUUCUGAAAAGUACAUAUUAGAAUAUGGAAGUGAUUGCCUUGAGAUGCAUGUCGGAGCUGUCAAACCACAUGAACGGGCCUUGGUGGUGGAUGACUUGAUUGCGACUGGUGGCACUCUCCGUGCAGCUAUGAAUUUACUUGAACGCGCUGGAGCUGAAGUAAUUGAAUGUGCUUGCGUCAUUGAAUUGCCAGUUCUAAAGGGUCGGGAACAAUUGAACGAUAAGCCAUUGUUUGUGCUAGUAGAGUACCAAUAAUGCAGGUAGAUGAACUUUCAUCCAUUGAUGCACCAAAGAUGGAAAUUGCAUCUGAGGAUGGUAUUGGCUGCUUCUCAAUAUCCACCUUAUAAUUUUUUAUAUUCACCUCAAAAGCCAAUGUGACAAAUCAAGCCAUCAACCCUUUCAACCUCUGCCCCACUUUCUAAGGAGAAUCUGGUCAAAUGCCAUUUUCACUGUCCAAUGAUUUGGUGAGUUUGGGUAGGAGCCUUAAAAUCUAUCUUGUACACCAUUCAAUAGUAAAAAAGGCUUUUCUGAUAGAUCCUUGUAGUUGAGAACUUGAACACUCUUUGUCUUUCUAGUUUCCUUCAAAUAAACAUCAUCACCGCUAUCUAAAACUAAAACUAGAAAGUUCUAUUGUGUAUAUUCACAAUGAUAUGAUAUUAUUCACUUCCAUCUCCUA